AUGGACCACAGCGCGAUGCACCAUUCCGGCAUGGAUAUGGACCAUGGACACGGGGACAUGGAUAUGGGCGGGCAGUGCAAUAUGAAUAUGCUAUUCACCUGGUCUACCAAGGACCUCUGCAUCGUCUUCCGCCAGUGGCAUAUCACCGGCCCCUUCUCCCUCCUCGUCUCUCUGCUUGUCAUCGUGCUCUUGACAGCGGGCUACGAGGGCGUCCGGCAGCUCACCCGGAGAUAUGAAGCUGCGCAUGCACAGCAUCUGAACACUUUCUCUACAACAACAGCUACGAUCGGUAAGUACUUCGUUCUGUUCUGGGCUAUUCAACGUAUAUCUACGGUGGCAUGCUGGAAUCGAGCCCUCAUUGACGAAUCCGGUGUGCAAGGCAAUGAGUUCGCCGACGAGUCCGCCACGGCCAACCUUCCCUCUAGUCAAGACCCCAACGAGAGCUCACCGCUAGUUGUAGGUAGGGAUAACAGACGGGCCGUGGAGCAAAGAGGGAAAGUCACCCUUGCAGCCUUGUAUGCCGUGCAAGUGUUCUAUAGCUUCUUCAUCAUGCUGCUGUUCAUGACGUAUAAUGGGUUCGUCAUGCUUGCAGUUGCCGUUGGUGCUUUCGUCGGAUAUCUGGUGUUCGGAGAUAACCAGUCAGCCGCGAAGACGGUUGCUUGUCAUUGA